AUGUGUGUUUUAGGCUACUGCGCGGGCCGUUAUCGGUGCCCGAAUUGCGGCAGAUCGUACAAAAACAAGGUGAAUUUGGGGCGACACAUGCGCUGGGAGUGCAACAAGUCGCCCGCGUAUUUUUGCCACGCCUGCGACUACAAGACGUGCAGGAAAGACCACCUGAAAGUGCAUCUCAUCUCCAACAGGCAUCUCAAGAACGUCGCCGGGAAAAUUCGAUACCCGUGCUUGCAUUGCGGGAAAUCGUACACGAUGAAAAACAAUCUUAGGCGACACCAGCGCGUCGAGUGCGGCAAGGAAAAGUCUUUGGUGUGCUACGUGUGCGACAGACGGUACUACUACAAACAGGAGCUCGACACGCACGUCAAGCUGAAGCACAACAUAUCGGCGAAAAUCGAGGGCUUCCCCGUGCCCAUGCAUUGGAAAUUCUGAGGAAAUUCCUAUAUAAAAACCGACGGAGUUCAAUGCAAUAAAACUUUACCUAAAUUAGUUUUAGCUAGGUACUUUUAGACGGUACUAAAAGCUCGCUUGUGUAUGUACUAAUAUCCCAAUCAUAAAUAUAUUAUUUAUUAGCUAUAGUAUAUUACUCAAAGACUGAUUUUAAUUGUGCAAGUACCUAUCAUGUUUAAGUUGCGUUUAAAUAGUGCAAAUAUAAAAU